CUGUACGUGGGAGGAGGCGGGAGGGCCGGGGGCUGAGCGGGGAGGCCAGAGGAGGGGCCCCCCGCUCUCCUUCUCCCGUGGCCGAGGCGUGCGGUGGGCGCAGCUGGGGCUGUCCCCUCCCGCCGCCGCGCAGCCGUCCCCGGGGUGAGGCUUCUCCCCGCACACGGGCAGCGGGGCCGGAGCCGCUGUGCCUGGCUGAGCAUCCUCCCGCCACGCGGAUGAGGACGGCGGGAGGCAGCUGGGGGCCGCCGGCAUCCGCCUCGCUGGCACACGGCUGGGCGAGAGCCGCCCCGGCACAAUAGACAGAGCCUCCGUGGGGGGCGGCGAAGCCCCCCGCUUCUUCGGGGACCAGACCCUCUCCUUGGCCACCAUGGUGGUUUUCAUGGGCAGGAAUCUCUCCUCGCUCCUGGCUUUCUUCAAGAAGAAGGGCGCUGCCAAGGGCGAGGCCGAGAAGCGUCUGAGCGUGCAGUACACGGCGGGCGAGGAAUGUCCCGACAACGUCUUCUUCCCCAGCACACGGCCCCCGCACCUGGAGGAGCUUCACAACCAGGCCCAGCAGGGACUGAAGUCCCUGCAGCACCAGGAGAAGCAGAAGCAGACCAAAAGUGCCUGGGACCACGGGGACACCAGCAGCCUCCAGUCCUGCGCAUCCUCGGAGGAUGACAGUGUGUCCAUCCGGAGCCGGGCGGCCUCCUGUGCCACAGACAGCACCUCUGAGGACGCCCUUUCCAUCCGCUCCGAGAUGAUCCAGCGGAAAGAGAUGUUUUUCCUGGCUGAAGCAGCAGCCUCCAAGUGA